AUGAAUACUGCCAGGUAUGAGAUCUGCCUGUUUGUUCUGGCCCUCGCCUGGCCAGGGACCCUCUGCACAGAAAGGACGACCAACAGGCCGUCGAUGGCCCGAUGCAGCCUCUUUGGGGAUGACUUCAUCAACACUUUUGACAAAACCAUGUACAGCUUUGCAGGGGGCUGCAGUUACCUCCUGGCUGGGGACUGCCAGAAACACUCCUUUUCCAUUCUUGGGAACUUCCAAGAUGGCAAGAGAGUGAGCCUGUCUGUGUAUCUUGGGGAGUUUUUUGACAUCCACUUGUUUGUCAAUGGCACAGCAAUGCAGGGGGACCAGAGCAUCUCCAUGCCCUACGCCUCCAAAGGACUCUACCUAGAAAGAGAGGCAGGCUACUACAAGCUUUCCAGUGAGGCCCUUGGCUUUGUAGCCAGAAUUGAUGGUAACGGCAACUUCCAAGUCCUGCUGUCAGACAGACACUUCAACAAGACCUGCGGGCUGUGUGGCGACUUUAACGUCUUUGCUGAAGAUGACUUUAGGACGCAGGAGGGUACCUUGACCUCAGACCCCUAUGAUUUUGCCAACUCCUGGGCCCUGAGUAGUGGGGAGCAGCGGUGUAAACGGGCAUCUCCUCCCAACAGUAACUGCAACAACUCCUCUGGGGACAUGCAGAAGGCCAUGUGGGAGCAGUGCCAGCUGCUGAAGAGUGCCUCCGUGUUUGCCCGCUGCCACCCUCUGGUGGCCCCUGAACCUUUUGUCGCGCUCUGCGAGAAGAUUUUGUGUACUUGCAUGACGGGGCCAGAGUGUGCAUGUCCCGCUCUUCUUGAGUACGCCCGGACCUGCGCCCAGGAAGGGAUGGUGCUGUAUGGCUGGACUGACCACAGUGCCUGCCACCCAGCAUGCCCUGCUGGCAUGGAGUAUAAGGAGUGUGUGUCUCCUUGCACCCGAACCUGCCAGAGCCUGCCCAUCAAUGAAGUCUGUCAGCAGCAAUGUGUGGAUGGCUGUAGUUGCCCUGAGGGAGAACUCCUGGAUGAAGGCCGCUGUGUGCAGAGCUCUGAAUGUUCCUGUGUGCACGCCGGCGAGCGCUACCCUCCUGGUACCUCCCUCUCUCAAGACUGCAACACUUGCAUCUGCAGAAACAGCCUGUGGAUCUGUAGCAACGAAGAGUGCCCAGGGGAGUGUCUUGUCACAGGCCAGUCCCACUUCAAGAGUUUCGACAAUAAGUACUUCACCUUCAGUGGGAUCUGCCAGUACCUACUGGCCCGGGACUGCCAAGACGACUCUUUCUCCAUUGUCAUAGAGACCAUGCAGUGUGCCGAUGACCCUGAUGCUGUCUGCACCCGCUCAGUCAGUGUGCGGCUGUCUGCCUUGCACAACAGCCUUGUGAAGCUGAAACACGGAGGAGGAGUGGCCAUUGACGGGCAGGACGUUCAGAUCCCCUUCCUGCAAGGUGACUUCCGCAUCCAGCACACGGUGAUGGCUUCUGUACACCUCAGCUACGGGGAGGACCUGCAGAUGGACUGGGAUGGCCGCGGGCGACUACUGGUUAAGCUGUCCCCAGUCUAUUCUGGGAAGACCUGUGGCUUGUGUGGGAAUUACAACGGGAACAAAGGAGAUGAUUUCCUCACGCCCGCGGGCCUGGUGGAGCCCCUAGUGGUGGACUUCGGAAACGCCUGGAAGCUUCAAGGGGACUGCCCAGACCUGCAAAGCCAGCACAGCGACCCCUGCAGCCUGAACCCACGCUUGACCAGGUUUGCAGAGGAGGCUUGCGCGCUCCUGACGUCCUCCAAGUUCGAGGCCUGCCACCGGGCAGUCAGCCCUCUGCCCUACCUGCAGAACUGCCGCUAUGACGUUUGCUCCUGUUCUGACGGCCGGGAUUGCCUGUGUAGGGCAGUGGCCAACUAUGCUGCCACGUGUGCCCGAAAAGGCGUGCACAUCGGGUGGCGGGAGCCAGACUUCUGUGCUCUGGACUGCCCACGGGGCCAGGUGUACCAACAGUGUGGGAACCCCUGCAACCUGACCUGCCGCUCCCUCUCCCACCCGGAUGAAGAAUGCAACGAAGUCUGUUUUGAGGGUUGCUUCUGCCCCCCAGGGCUGUACCAGGAUGAAAGAGGGGACUGUGUGCCCAAGGCCCAGUGCCCCUGUUACUACGACGGUGAGCUUUUCCAGCCCUCAGACAUCUUCUCAGACCAUCAUACCAUGUGUUACUGUGAAGACGGUUUCAUGCAUUGUACGAUGAGUGGUGCCCCAGGGAGCCUGUUGCCAGACACUGUCCUCAGCAGCCCCCUGUCUCACCGCAGCAAAAGGAGCCUGACCUGUCGGCCACCCAUGGUCAAGUUGGUGUGCCCUGCUGACAACCCGCGGGCUCAAGGGCUGGAGUGUGCUAAGACGUGCCAGAGCUACGACCUGGAGUGCAUGAGCCUGGGCUGUGUGUCUGGCUGCCUCUGUCCUCCAGGCAUGGUCCGUCAUGAAAACAAGUGUGUGGCCUUGGAGCGGUGUCCCUGCUUCCACCAGGGCCAAGAGUACUCCCCAGGAGAUACAGUGAAGAUCGGCUGCAACACCUGUGUCUGCCGGGACCGGAAGUGGAACUGCACAAACCACAUGUGUGACGCCACUUGCUCUGCCAUUGGCAUGGCCCACUACCUCACCUUUGAUGGACUCAAGUACCUGUUCCCUGGGGAGUGCCAGUAUGUUCUGGUGCAGGAUUACUGUGACGGUAACCCUGGGACCUUUCGGAUCUUGGUGGGAAACGAGGGUUGCACUUAUCCAUCAGUGAAAUGCAAGAAGCGGGUCACCAUCCUGGCGGAAGGAGGGGAAAUUGAACUGUUUGAUGGAGAGGUGAAUGUUAAGAGGCCCCUUAAGGACGAGUCUCACCUUGAGGUUGUGGAGUCGGGCCGGUAUGUCAUUCUGUUGCUGGGUCAAGCCCUCUCUGUGGUCUGGGACCACCGCCUCAGCAUCUCCGUGACCCUGAAGCGCACGUACCAGGAACAGGUGUGUGGCCUGUGUGGGAACUUCGAUGGCAUCCAGAACAAUGACUUGACCAGCAGCAGUCUUCAGGUGGAGGAAGACCCUGUUGACUUUGGGAAUUCCUGGAAAGUGAGCUCCCAGUGCGCUGACACAAGAAAGCUGUCACUAGAUGUUGCCCCCGCCACCUGCCACAACAACAUCAUUAAACAGACGAUGGUGGACUCAUCUUGCAGAAUCCUUACCAGCGACAUCUUCCAGGCCUGCAACAGGCUGGUAGACCCUGAGCCAUAUGUGGACAUCUGCAUUUACGACACCUGUUCCUGUGAGUCUGUUGGGGACUGUGCUUGUUACUGUGACACCAUCGCUGCCUAUGCCCAUGUGUGUGCCCAGCAUGGCCAGGUGGUAUCCUGGAGGACGCCCACACUAUGCCCCCAGAGCUGUGAAGAGAAGAACGUUCAGGAAAAUGGCUAUGAGUGUGAAUGGCGCUAUAAUAGCUGUGCACCUGCCUGCCCAGCCACGUGUCAGCACCCGGAGCCUCUGGCUUGCCCUGUGCAGUGUGUGGAGGGCUGCCAUGCACACUGCCCUCCAGGAAAAAUCCUGGAUGAACUUCUUCAGAGCUGUGUGGACCCCCAAGACUGCCCUGUGUGUGAAGUGGCUGGUAGGCGCUUGGCCCCUGGAAAGAAAGUCACCUUGAGCCCUGAUGACCCUGAACACUGCCAGAACUGUCACUGUGAUGGUGUCAACCUUACCUGUGAAGCCUGCCAGGAGCCUGGAGGCCUAGUGGUACCUCCAACAGAUGCCCCAACCAGCUCCACCACCCCAUAUGUUGAAAACACCCCUGAGCCACCCCUGCAGAGCUUCUACUGCAGCAAGCUCCUGGAUCUAGUCUUCCUUCUUGAUGGCUCCUCUGCGCUGUCCGAGGCCGAGUUUGAAAAGCUCAAGGCUUUUGUGAUGGGCACGAUGGAGAAGCUCUACAUCUCUCAGAAGCGCAUCCGUGUGUCGGUGGUGGAGUACCAUGACGGUUCCCAUGCCUACAUCGAGCUCAAGGCCCGGAAGCGACCCUCAGAACUUCGGCGCAUCACCAGCCAGGUCAAGUAUGCAGGCAGCGAGGUGGCCUCCACCAGCGAGGUCUUGAAGUACACGCUGUUUCAGAUCUUUGGCAGAAUCGAUCGCCCGGAGGCCUCACGCAUUGCUCUGCUCCUGACCGCUAGCCAGGAGCCCUCACGGACUGCCAGGACUUUGACCCGCUACGUCCAGGGCCUAAAGAAGAAGAAGGUCACUGUGGUCCCUGUGGGCAUCGGGCCACAUGUCAGCCUCAAGCAGAUCCGCCUCAUUGAAAAGCAGGCCCCUGAAAACAAGGCUUUCCUGCUCAGUGGGGUAGAUGAGUUGGAGCAGAGAAGGAGUGAGAUCAUCAACUAUCUCUGUGACCUUGUCCCUGGUCCCCCAGCCCCUACCCAGCCUCCCCAGGUAGCACAAAUCACCGUGGGGCCAGAGAUCUCUGGGAUUUCAUCACCAGGACCAAAGAGGAAGUCCAUGGUUCUAGACGUGGUGUUUGUCCUGGAGGGGUCAAACGAAGUUGGUGAAGCCAACUUCAAUAAGAGCAAGGAGUUUCUGGAGGAAGUAAUACGGCGCAUGGAUGUGGGCCAGGGCAGCAUCCACAUAACGGUGCUGCAGUAUUCAUAUACGGUAACCGUGGAGUACACCUUCAACGAGGCCCAGGCCAAGGAGGACGUGCUGCGUCAUGUGCGAGAGAUCCGCUACCACGGCGGCAACAGGACCAACACUGGGCUGGCCCUUCAGUACAUUUCUGAGCACAGCUUCUCUCCCAGACAGGGGGACCGGCAACAGGCACCUAACCUGGUCUACCUGGUCACAGGGAACCCUGCCUCUGAUGAGAUCAAGAGGCUGCCUGGAGACAUCCAGGUAGUACCCAUUGGGGUGGGCCCCCAUGCCAACCUGCAGGAACUCGAGAGGAUAGGCAGGCCCAACGUGCCCAUCUUCAUCCAAGACUUUGAGACACUUCCUCGAGAGGCUCCUGACCUGGUCUUGCAGAAAUGCUGUUCCAAGGAGGGCCUGCAGCUGCCCACCCUCUCCCCUAUCCCUGACUGCAGCCAACCCCUGGAUGUGGUCCUCCUCCUGGAUGGCUCCUCUACUUUCCCAGAGUCUUCCUUUGAGAAGAUGAAGAGUUUUGCCAAGGCUUUCAUUUCGAAGGCCAACAUUGGGCCCCACCUCACUCAGGUGUCUGUGAUGCAAUACGGAAGCAUCAAUACCAUUGAUGUACCUUGGAAUGUGGCCCAGGAGAAAACCCAUCUACUGAGUUUGGUGGACCUCAUGCAGCGAGAGGGCGGCCCCAGCCAGAUUGGGGACGCUUUGGCCUUUGCUGUGCGCUAUGUCACUUCACAAGUCCACGGAGCUAGGCCCGGUGCCUCCAAAGCAGUGGUCAUCCUUAUCACAGACACCUCGUUGGAUUCGGUGGAUGCAGCAGCGGAUGCUGCCAGAUCCAACCGAGUGGCAGUGUUCCCCAUUGGGGUUGGGGACCAGUAUGAUGAAGCCCAGCUGAGAGUCUUGGCAGGCCCUGGGGCCAACUCCAAUGUCAUAAAGCUCCAGCAACUUGAGGACCCACCCCACCUGGACAAUUCUUUCUUCCACAAACUGUGCUCUGGGUUUUCUGGAGUUUGUGUGGACGAAGAUGGCAAUGAGAAGAGGCCUGGGGAUGUCUGGACCUUGCCAGAUCAGUGCCACACAGUGACCUGCUUGCCAAAUGGCCAGACCUUGCUGCAGAGUCACCGAGUUAACUGUGACCAUGGACCCCAGCCUUCAUGUUCCAACAGCCAGUCCCCUAUUCGGGUGGAGGAGACCUGUGGCUGCCGCUGGACCUGCCCUUGUGUGUGCACGGGCAGUUCCACUCGGCACAUAGUCACCUUUGAUGGGCAGCACUUCAAGCUAACGGGCAGCUGCUCUUACGUCCUCUUUCAAAUCAAGGAGCAAGACCUGGAGGUGAUCCUCCACAACAGGGCCUGCAGCCCUGGGGCAGUGCAAAGCUGCAUGAAGUCCAUCGAGGUUAAGCAUGAUGGCCUCUCUGUCGAGCUGCACAGUGACAUGGAGAUGGCAGUGAAUGGGAGACUGGUGCUUGCCCCCUAUGUGGGUGGAAACAUGGAAGUCAGCGUCUACGGUGCUAUCAUGUAUGAAGUCAGGUUCAACCAUCUUGGCCACAUCCUCACGUUCACGCCGCAAAACAACGAGUUCCAGCUGCAGCUUAGCCCCAAGACCUUUGCUUCGAAGAUGUAUGGUCUCUGCGGAAUCUGUGAUGAGAACGGGGCCAAUGACUUCAUGUUGCGGGAUGGCACGGUCACCGCAGACUGGAAGAGGCUUAUCCAGGAGUGGACCGUGCAGCAGCCAGGGUAUACAUGCCAGGCUGUUCCCGAGGAGCAGUGUCCUGUGUCUGACAGUUCCCGCUGCCAGGUCCUCCUCUCGGACGUGUUUGCUGAGUGCCACAAGGUCGUUGCUCCAGCCACAUUCCACACCAUCUGCCAGCAAGACAGUUGCCGCCAGGAACGAGUGUGUGAGGUGAUUGCUUCUUAUGCCCACCUCUGUCGGAGCAACGGGGUCUGUGUUGAUUGGAGGACAACUGACUUCUGUGCUAUGUCAUGCCCACUGUCCCUGGUAUAUAGCCACUGUGAACGUGGCUGCCCUCGGCACUGUGAUGGGAAUAGUAGCUCCUGCGGGGCCCACCCUUCAGAAGGCUGCUUCUGUCCCCAACACCAAGUCUUGCUGGAAGGCAGCUGUGUCCCCGAGGAGGCCUGUACUCAGUGUGUUGGCGAGGAUGGAGUGCGACAUCAGUUCCUAGAGACCUGGGUCCCAGACCAUCAGCCCUGCCAGAUCUGUAUGUGCCUAAGUGGGAGGAAGGUUAACUGCACUGCACAGCCAUGUCCCACAGCCAGAGCUCCCACGUGUGGCCUGUGCGAAGUGGCUCGCCUCAAGCAGGGUGCAAACCUGUGCUGCCCGGAGUACGAGUGUGUGUGUGACCUGGUCAAUUGCAACUUGCCUCCGGUGCCUCCAUGUGAAGGAGGACUCCAGCCAACCCUGACCAACCCUGGAGAAUGCAGACCCACCUUCACCUGUGCCUGCAGGAAAGAAGAAUGCAAAAGAGUGUCACCACCCUCCUGCCCCCCUCACCGGACGCCCACCCUUCGGAAGACCCAGUGCUGCGAUGAGUAUGAGUGUGUUUGCAGCUGUGUCAACUCCACGGUGAGCUGCCCACUUGGCUACCUGGCCUCAGCCACAACCAACGACUGUGGCUGCACCACAACCACCUGUCUCCCUGACAAGGUUUGUGUCCACCGAGGCACUAUCUACCCUGUGGGCCAGUUCUGGGAGGAGGGCUGUAACACAUGUACCUGCACCGACAUGGAGGAUACUGUCAUGGGCCUGCGUGUGGCCCAGUGCUCACAGAAGCCUUGUGAAGACAACUGUCAGACAGGUUUCUCUUACGUUUUCCACGAAGGCGAGUGCUGUGGAAGGUGUCUGCCCUCUGCUUGCAAGGUGGCGGCCGGCUCGCUGUGGGGAGACUUCCGUUCUUCCUGGCAGAGUGUUGGCUCUCGAUGGCCUGUCCUUGAGAAUCCCUGCCUCAUCAACGAGUGUGUCCGAGUGGACGAAGCAGUCUUUGUGCAGCAGAGGAACAUCUCGUGCCCACAGCUGGAUGUCCCUACUUGUCCCACAGGCUUCCAGCUGAGCUGUGAGACCUUAGAGUGCUGCCCUAGCUGUCACUGUGAGCCUGUGGAGGCCUGCCUAUUCAACGGCACCAUUAUCGAGCCAGAGAAGACUCUGAUGGUUGACAUAUGCACGACUUGCCGCUGCAUCGUGCAGACAGGAGCCUUCUCCAGAUUCAAGCUGGAGUGCAGGAAGACCACCUGUGAGGCCUGUCCCCUGGGCUAUAGGGAAGAGAAGAACCCAGGUGACUGCUGUGGGAGAUGUUUGCCUACAGCUUGCACUAUUCAGCUGAGAGGAGGACAGAUCACGACACUGAAGCGUGAUGAGACACUCCAGGAUGGCUGCGAUAGUCAUUUCUGUAAGGUCAAUGAGAGAGGGGAAUACAUCUGGGAGAAGAGGAUUACAGGCUGCCCGCCCUUUGAUGAGCACAGGUGUCUGGCUGAAGGAGGCAAAAUCAUGAAAAUUCCAGGCACUUGCUGUGACACAUGUGAGGAGCCUGAUUGCAAAGACAUCACAGCCAAGCUGCAGUAUGUCAAGGUGGGAGACUGUAAGUCCCAAGAGGAAGUGGACAUUCACUACUGCCAGGGCAAGUGUGCCAGCAAAGCGGUGUACUCCAUUGACAUUGAGGAUGUGCAAGAGCAGUGCUCCUGCUGCUGGCCCUCGAGGACGGAGCCCAUGCGGGUGCCCUUGCUCUGCAUCAAUGGCUCCGUCAUGUACCACGAGGUCAUCAAUGCCAUGGAGUGCAGGUGUUCUCCCCGGAAGUGCGGCCAGUGAGUGGACUCCCACUGCUGCCUAUGCCGUGGCCCGACCAGACAGAGGAUCACUCCAUCCCUUGUGCAUCCUGCCCUUUGUGCCCUUCUGUGCCCACAAUAAAGGCCAAG